AAAAAAAAAAAAAAAAAGUCAAACAGAUAAAAGUUACUAAAAAAUCGUCAAAAUCUUAGAGGGAUAGCGAAUCACGAUAAAAAAAAUUAUCAAUUUCUCAUCCGAGAUUAAACCCUUUAUGAUCAAUCUCGGGGCACUACGCAUAUAAUCUCGGGCGAGAUAAUUGUAUUCGAGCCGAGAUUAUAAUAAUUUCCCGUUUCCAUAUCCGAGAUUCUGAACUUUCUUCGUCAAUUUGUCGCCCGUCCCCUUCUCUGGAGUCUUUUCUUCUCUGCUAGUCUCCCUCCUCCGCCGGCUCGCCGGAACGCUGCCAACGCCCCCUUUUCCUUCUUAAUCCCUCUCUGCUGCAACAUACUUCGCCACGCUACUCUAUCUUCUGCCGCAGCCGCAGCGGCAGCUGCAGCUGCGUCACUGCCCACUGCCUUCAACACCAGCUGCUCGACGCCGAGCCCCAUCUCCCAGUCGCUCGCCCCCGAGGUUUCCUUUUUCUUCCCCCCUCCCCUCUUUGGAAUCUUUGAUAUCAGGGUCGAUUUGGUGGAGGAUCGGAUUGUCUUCAACCUUUCAGAUACAAAAAAACCCUAAUUCUCAAAGGAAAUUUCAAUGGGGAAGAACGAAUUUCUAACCCCUAAAGCCAUCGCGAACAGAAUCAAGGCAAAAGGGCUACAGAAGCUGAGAUGGUAUUGCCAGAUGUGUCAAAAGCAGUGCCGGGAUGAGAAUGGCUUUAAAUGUCACUGUAUGAGUGAAAGCCACCAGCGCCAGAUGCAAAUCUUUGGCCAAAAUCCUCAUCGUAUUGUUGAAGGCUACUCUGAAGAGUUUGAGAGUUCUUUCAUGGAGCAUAUUAAGCGUAGCCAUCGGUUCAGUCGCGUGGCAGCUACAGUGGUCUAUAAUGAAUACAUUAACGACAGACAUCAUAUUCAUAUGAAUGCAACGCAAUGGGCUACUCUUACUGAGUUUGUUAAACAUCUGGGUCGAACUGGUCAAUGUAAAGUAGAGGAGACUCCAAAGGGUUGGUUCAUUACUUACAUAGAUAGAGAUUCAGAGACGCUUUUCAAAGAGAGAAUGAAGAAUAAGAGGAUGCGGGCUGAUUUAGCUGAAGAAGAGAAGCAAGAGAGAGAGAUAAAGAGGCAAAUUGAGAGGGCUGAGCAAUUAACACCUUUGGCUUCUGUAUCUGCUGAGCCUUUGGAGGCUGAACAAACGAGAGAGUUGAAAUUGGAGAGUGGGGUUAAGCUAGGAUUUGCUUUGGGAACAUCAUCAAAAUUGAAGGAGAAAGGAGAGAGUUCCAGGGUGGUUUUUGAUGAGGAUGAGACAUAUGAGACUGCCAAGGGGAAACCUAAAGAGACUUCCAAAAAUAGGAUGGGUGGUGGUGGUCUGUCAGCUUUGGAGGCAUUGAUGAGAGAAGAAGAGAUGAAGAAGGAGAAGCUUAAUAGGAAGGAUUACUGGCUUUGUGAGGGAAUAAUUGUAAAGAUUAUGAGCAAGGAUUUGGCUGAGAAGGGAUACUAUAAACAGAAGGGAGUUGUGCGAAAAGUGAUUGAUAAAUAUGUUGGAGAGAUCGAAAUGCUUGAUGGCAAGCAUGUGUUGAGAGUUGAUCAAGAAGAAUUAGAAACAGUGAUACCUCAAAUUGGUGGCUUAGUAAGGAUAGUAAAUGGGGCAUAUCGCGGAUCAAAUGCUAGGUUGUUAGGCGUUGACACUGAUAAGUUUUGUGCUAAAGUGCAAAUAGAGAAGGGUGUGUAUGAUGGCAGGAUGCUUAAGACUGUUGAAUAUGAAGAUAUUUGUAAACUUGCAUCAUAACUUUGAGAUAAAAGAGAAAACUCACUGUUUGUAAUUUUGUUCUCAAUAUUUUAUUUAAGCAUAUUUGUGCUAGUA